GGGCCGCUUGCCUCGCAGCGGGGACCCGGAGCUGCUGGCAGCUGCGGCGGCUCUGGAUCCGCAGCCAGCCCGCUCCGGAGCCCGGAAUCCCGGCCGGAGCCCGCUGUCCGGCAACUCGGCUCUUCAGGAUUACUGACAGACUAGAACUCUUCGUCCGACCUCUUGUGUUCUUUCUGUUGAUAGGAGCCCCGAGGCUGUACUCGAACCCAUGGAAGCCGAACCACGGUCCGCUUCGUUCAGGGGGUUAUUGUCAUUCAAGGAUGUAUCUGUGGAGUUAUCGUGUGAAGAAUGGCAGCUACUGGACUCUGCACAACAGCACCUGUAUAGAGAGGUGAUUCUGGAGAACUAUAGCAACCUGUUGUCAGUGGGAUAUCUUGGGUCCAAACCUGAUUUAAUCUUCAAGUUGGAGCAAGGAAAGGAACCAUGGAUAAUAAAUGCCAAAAUAUCCACACAGAUCUGUCCAGAAGACUGGAAAGAAUGGUACCGGAAAAGUCAAGAUGAAAAUGUUCAGAGAAGCUAUAAUCGUAAUGUAUUUGGGAAACUUUCUAUGACCAGAACCCAUGUUUCUCCAAGGCAGAGACUUCAUAAGCAUAACACAUGUGGGACACAUGUGGUACAAAACUCGAGUUCAAGCAGAAUUUUUGUAAGAAAGAAUCCUGAUCGAUUUCAUAGUUACAAGGAAUCUUAUUUUUUUAAACAUCAAAGACACAGUAGCUUAGAAAAAAAUUGUAUAUGUAAUGAAUGUGGGAAAGCUUUUCGUUGUAAAUCGCAGCUUGUUGUACAUUUCAGAAUUCAUACAGGGGAGAGACCCUACAAAUGCACAAAAUGUGAACGAGCCUUCAGUGCCAAGUCAAACCUUAAUGCCCAUCAGAGAGUGCACACAGGAGAAAAGCCCUACUUAUGUAGUGAGUGUGGGAAAGUGUUUUCUUUUAGGUCACAGCUCAUUGUGCACCAAGAAGUUCACACAGGAGAGAAGCCCUUUUGUUGCAGUGAGUGUGGGAAAGCCUACAGUUGGAAAUCUCAGCUUGUUUUACACCAGAGAAGUCACACAGGAGUAAAACCUUACGAAUGCAACGAAUGUGGGAAAACAUUUAGUUUGAAGUCCCCAUUCAUUGUACAUCAGAGAACUCACACGCAAGUGAAACCUCAUAAAUGCAAUGAUUGUGGGAAGGCAUUUAGGAGUAAGUUCUACCUCCUUGUUCACACCAGAAUGCACACAGGGGAGAAACCUUAUCAGUGCAGUGAUUGUGGGAAAACCUUCAAUGUGAAAACACAGUUCAUUGUGCACCAGGGAGUCCACACUGGAAAAAAUCCUUACGACUGCAGUCAGUGUGGCAAAGCCUUUGGUCGGAAGGAGCAGCUCACUGCUCAUUUGCGAGCUCAUGCAGGGGAGAAACCCUAUGGUUGCAGCGAAUGUGGAAAGUCUUUCAGCAGCAAGUCAUACCUUGUUAUACACAGAAGAACACACACAGGAGAGAGACCCUAUGGAUGUAGCUUAUGUGAGCGAGCCUUCUGUGGAAAAUCACAGUUGAUUAUACACCAGAGAACUCAUUCAACAGAGAAGCCAUAUGAAUGCAACGAGUGUGGAAAAGCUUAUUCCCGGAAGGCAUCUCUUCAGAUACACCAGAAAAUUCAUUCUGGAGAGAAACCUUUUAAGUGUAAUGAAUGUGGGAAAGCUUUUACUCAGAAGUCCUCUCUCGGUGAACACCAGAGAGUUCAUACACGAGAGAAACCCUGGAAAUGCUCUGAAUGUGGGAAGUCCUUUUGUUGGAAUUCAGGGCUUCGUAUACACCGGAAAACUCACAAGGCAGACAUCCAAGUGAUGAAGUGAAUGCUAGCCUCUAUUCACAGGUGCUGGUGUACCAGAGACCUCAGAUGAUAUUCCAGACAUAAUUUAUUGGAGAACAGUUAUAUUCGUAAUGAGGCUGCAAAAACAAGUCAGUUACAUAAAUCUUAGCUGAGAAGAGAAAAGUUGAAAGAAUGAGGAAUAAUAAACAUACCAAGUAUGCUUGGUCCUGUCAUGGAGAUUUGUAUUCCCUGUAAGUUUAAUGAAUCAUGGAAGGCCGGGUGUGGUGGCUUACCUUUAAUUCCAGUCUCUGGAGGCAGAAGCAGGUGGGUCUUGAUCUGAGGCUUACCUGGUCUAUAUAGUGAGGAUAUCCAGGGCUACAAUAGAGAGACCCUGUCUCAAAAAGCCAAAAAUAAAUAAAUAAAAAUAAAGGUAUCAUUUUCCCAGAGAAAAGGUUACAUGUAAAGUUACAUUCCAGAUUUGAAGCUUUUUUAAUAUACAAAAUAGAGGCCUCCUUCCUCAUAAAUAAUAAAAUUUUACAAUGUAGAGUACAAAGUUGUAGGAUAUAUAUAUUUUGCUUGUGGGGAGGAGGCAGGCUCUCAUGUAGCUUAGGCUGGCCUCAAAUUGAAUUUGUACUUGUAGCUGGCCUUGAAUUCCCAAUCUUCCUGCCUCUGCCUCCCAAGUGCUAGGAUCACAGGUGUGUGUUACUGUGCCUGGGUUUUGUUUUGUUUUAUGUAGGUAAGUAAUACAAGACCAUUUCAGGAACUUAUCCUGACACUUCAGGAAUAUUUUGUGUGGCUUUCCAUAGUUACCACUGAUUUGCACUUUUAAAGAUAUAUAUCCCAGAAGAGGGCAUCAGAUUCCAUGGGACUGCAGUUAUAGCUGGUUGUAAGCCGCUAUGUGAGUGCUGGGAAUUGAACUCAGUCUCUGUAAGAGCACCCAAUGCUCUUAACCUCUAACCUCUGAGCCAUUUCUUCAGCCCUUCCUUGAUUAUUUUUUGAAGAGAGAAAAAGAGAGUGAGUGUGUGCGUGCAAUAUGCGCACGCAGUGUGUGUUCAGGUGCCUGUGGAGGAUGUUAGAUCCCCUUCAGCUGAAAUUAGUAGAAGUUGUUAGCCAUCUGAUGUAGGUGCUGGGAACUGAACUUGGGUCCUCUAAAAGAGGACUAAGAAGACUUGCCAUUUUUAACCUUGAGCCAUCUCAUUUCUUCAGCCCUAAUGAUUUUUUUUUACAAUUAGAUUUUGUCUUAGUGUUUCUAUUGCCAUGAUGACGAUAACUACUCUUAUAAAGGAAAACAUCUAAUUGAGGUGGGGGCUUACAGUUUCAGAGGUUUAUUCCAUUAUUGUGGCAGGGAGCAUGGUGGAAUGCAGGCAGACAAUGUGCUGGAGAAGUAGCUGAGAGUCCUACUUCUUGCAGGCAACAGGAAGUGGACUGAGUAUCGUACUAAACGAAGCUUGAGCAUACACGAGACGUCAAAACCGGCCUCCACAGUGACUUGCUUCCUCCAACAAGGCUAUACCUACUCCAACAAAGCCACUCUUCCCAAUAGUGCCACUUCCUUGGAAUCCAUUUUCUUUCAAACCACCACACAUUUAUUUAUUUGUGAGUGUAGGUCAGAGAGCAUCUUGCAAGAGUUGGUUUCUAUUUCCAGUAUAUUAGUCCUGGUGACUAAACUGAAGUCAUCAGGCCUGGCAGCAAGCAUUUUUAUCUGUUGAGCCAUCUCACUGGUCCCAGUUUUAUAUAACAAGACUUAGUAUCUUUCAUUUUAAAUGCUAAUUAUUAUAUCAGGACUAUCUAUUUUUUUUUUUUUUAGCAAUCUUACUGAAAACAAUGAGGCUCAUAAGAGGAGGAAUGCAGUUCUCACUCCCAAGUAAGUUUACUUACCUAAUAGUCUGUCUCCAUGGGCAAGUUGGACAUUCCAGUAGGCUGUUUUGCUACUGUCCAGUAGGUGUUGUGAACACUUGCCUUGUUAGCGUUCUGUACAGCUGAUUAAAGUUCCCUGUUUUCUAUGGAUAAAGACCUCUUCUGCUCUGUUUUCUUAUGGUAGUGUCUUUUCCUUGUGUCACAAAUUGACCAUUUAUUCCUAUAAUUGGAUAAUAGUAACACUCUUCUCCAAGAUUCUAAGUCUGUAAUUCAGUCUCACAUGAACCAGAGCAAAAUUCGAGAACUAAUUUGCCUGACCUCUGUAGCUUGAGGAUGACUUUGUUUUCUGAAUCCUCAGGCAAGCUUUAAUAAAUCAUAAAUAAUAUAUCACCAUAGGUGGAAUAUCAUGUCAGUUGAUAAGACAUUCUGUAAAUCCAUUGAUGUUGGUUUUGGUAGAAGCAAAAAGGUGUGUUCAACCAUUGCCCAGCUCUUUUUUUUUUUCUUUCAAGAUUUAUUUAUUACGCAUACAGUGUUCUGACUGCAUGUAUCCCUGCAGGCCAGAAGAGGGCACCUAAUGUCAUUACAGAUGAUUGUGAGCCAUCAUGAGGUUUCUGGGAAUUGAACUCUGGGAGAUCAGCUAGUAUUAACCAGUAAGCCAUCUCUACAGCCCAAAUAUUCAACUUUCUGUGAAGACUACUUAUUAUUAUUAUUCAUUUGCCAGCAGUUUGCUCUGAAUUUCAAGAAUAAAACUCCUAAAACAAGCCAGGCUGUGGUGGCAGAGGCAGGUGGAUCUCUGUGAGUUAGAGGUCAGCCUGGUCUACAAAGCCAGUUCCAGGACAGCCAGGUCUGUUACACAGAGAAACCCUGUCUCAAACGAAACAAAACAACAGCUACAAAAAACAAAAAACAAACAAAAAGAACCAAAAACCAAAAAUCCUCAAAAAAACCAAAAACUCCUAAAGCAAUGGAGCUAUGGAGCUAUCUAACAUCCAGCCUUGGGAUGGGAGAACGACCUAUUAUCUUGUUUGUGAUCUGGUUCCUGAUUUUCUUUCCUGGUUGUCUGAAGACCCUAUGACAAUCAGGUAAAAAGUACCUUAAGUUCACCUGACCUCAGUGUGAAGUCACAGAACAAACAUCUCAUUUUGUGCCUUUAAAUCUCUCUUUAGUUGUUAAUAUUCUGGGCACUGUUGCACCCCUGUGAUAGCAAUCACUCCACACCACAUAGUAUAGUGGAUUGUACAAGUUAGCUAGUCAAAUUGUGUCCAGGAGGAAGAAGGGGAAGUGCCUAUGGAGUGCAGGAAGCAAGCAGGGUCUGCUAUUGGAGCCAGGGGCAAGUGAUAUUGAAAUACAUUGUCUCUGCUGAUCUAGAAAAGGUCUUUGUGGUUGAAGUCAGGGUCAGGGACCAUUGUACUGUGUCUUUAAGUACUGUGUAAUCCUAAGGGAGGUGCUCUUGUCACUCAGGCCUGAUUAGCCAAUCAGGCCCUCCAGACGACCUGCCAGUUAGAAGUGGUUGCAGGGCCCUUCCUCCACCGGCUUCAGGCUUGGCUUUGAAGGGAGGCUGGUGCCAGUGGAUUUGUAUGCUGUGCUGAGAGUGCUGCUGCUGGGAGCUGAGCGAAGAGCAUGGGCGAGCUGGGAAACCAGGACAUGGUGAGCCAGGGACUGCUAUCCCCAGACUGGGAGGAGCGGCCAGUUGAGCCAUGGGAGCCAGUGUGGUGGGAGCCAGAUCCCAGAUGCAGAGUUCAGCAUGGUCUUUGCAGUUUCUGGGGCUGGCUGGCAGCCUCUGAAUAAUUUCAUUCUGCCGGUUGCAUCUAUGCACAGCACCAGGAGGACUGUGCUUUGAAAUACCCUUGUUGUUGACAUCAUUGUGAAAUGCCAGCACCCUUAAUGUUAGGAUUCAGGCAUUAUGCUGGCCCGCCCCUACUUGUCAGCAUUCAGGCAAAUACUCAGGCGUGCUUCAGUAUGUCAUAUGCUGCAUGGCUACGUAAGCCUGUAUGCAGGUGCAAAUGGCCCCUUUAAGAGACAAGCUUCAGCCGUUCUUUCUUUCUUUCCUGCCCCCCCCCCAUCUCUGUGCCUCCUCUCCUUCCUCCGAUGCUGCUCCUGUUCCCAGAGGCUGGUCUUCCCCCUCCUCUCCUCACAUUUCCAUUCCCUUUCUCUCAAUAAAAGCCUCCACAUGAACACCGUUUGUGUGGCGUGUCUGUCUCUCACCUGCCAUGGGACCUGCUAAGGCCCCUCUCAUGCCUUAUCGUAACAGUGUUUUUGCUGUCUCUAUGGAACACAGAUUUGCCAAACUCAGAGAGCCCUGGUCCCUGUAAUAUCUUCCAGAAGUUCUGCACUUUGAACAUUUAUCGUUUAGGCUUAGGAUCCAUCUGGAAUUAAUUCUGUGGAGCCUGUAAACAGUAUUUCCUGUGUAGAGUAGCAUCCACUGUUAAACUGUGAUAAUAGAAUAAAUAGUAUAAAGACUUACCAGUUCUUACGAGACAUAGUCACAAAGCAGAAUUUAGAUAAGGGAGGACUGCAUCCCCAAUACCCCAAAGAUAAGUAGUAUGCUUGCUAACCCUGCCCGUUAGUGGUUAGUAUGAUAAGAUGUAAAUAUUCAGGGUAUUAACCAGCUACAUUCCUAUAACAAAGGAGACAACCCUGAUUUACACCCAGCAGAAAGGCCCAUCCCUCCAUUGAAAAACCUAUUCUAAAUGCUGCUCAAGGGACCAAUUGUGCCAUAAAGUUAUAUUAAUUCUAGAAAAGCUGUAUCUCCAGUCUUUUUGAAAAGCAGUUUUGAGUCAAGUUUUCCUAUGUUGAUGGAGGUGGACUUGAACACUAUCUGUAGCCCCACAGGGCGUUGCCCUUGUUAUCCUCCUGACUAACCACCCUAAAUGUUGGAUUUCACAUCUCCAGCACCGCAGAGUUCUAAAGUGACCAGUUUGAGUCAUAUAGUGGACUGCCCAUUGCAGAACAGGGGAAGGAUUUGUGUGUGGCGCGUGACUUCUCCCUUCAGACCCGAAGAGGAGGAAUAAUGCUCUGUGUACACUGCAGGAGGAAACAGACCAGACAAUAGCUAAGUCACAGACUGAAGUUGAAGGCAGUGAGCUGCAAGAGGGGUCUCAAUUAUAGAGAAGGACCUGCUGGGGCAGGGUGAGUGACUUUCUGUGUAGUUUCCCUGCAUGUAUUAAUUCCUUCCAUGUGAAUGAAGACAGACAGAAUUGUUGGGUGUACAGUUUAGGAAGGAUAGCUUGGAUAUUCAGUUUCCUGGGCCCUGUGGUUGCAGUAGAAGGGCUGCUGUCUCCACUGGCCUUGAUGUUAGAGCAGCUCUCUAGUUUAGCUGCCAUGAACUCUUCAUUCUGAUUCUCCUGAGGAUUCCCAGGUUCUCUGAGGCAGUCUAAAAGAAUGUCUGGAAGGGCAUUUUUAGGGAGGGGGAAAUGUUUGUGGUCAUGUUGUAUGGGUGUUUGUGAGGGACUUGCCUGGGGUGCAUCUUGAGAUUGCUGUGCUCGUGAGCAGAUGAGUGGCACAGUUUUCUCCUGGAUUUGCCUCAGGAAGAGGCUGUGCUUAGUAGGAGUUAGAGAGGCUUGGCUCAGAGAGUCCAAGGCCAUAUGCAACAACCCAGCUCUUGUCUUGCCUGACUCAAUUAUCUGUGGAGCUGAAGGAGGUGUUAGAUGGAGUGCCACCUCACCUGAUCACUUGCAGCCCUGGGAUUAGUCCCCGGAGAUCCUCAGGACCUAUAUUGAGCUUGUCAAGGAGUCAACCAGGGCUGAUGAUGAAACCCAGAGAGGUGGAGGUCAUAGUGCUGCUGUUGUAGCUGUUAGGCGUGGCAGGAUGCUAGGAAUAGACCAGGAACAGCUUGCCAUGGUCAUAUAGGUGAGAACCUGAUACAGGGAAAGUGAUGCAGGUGUCCACCUACACUUUUUAAGGACCUUUCUGUCAUCAGGUUGCCCUCUGAAUUUUUAGUCUCUAAGACACUCUCCAGACCCUUCUUUGAGCCCAGAUGCCUUCCAAAUACCUGGUGCUCAGCUGCUUUACAGAGAUUUCCAUGGACCCCUCCCAUUGUCUUCUGAGACUUCAGAAACUGCUAGAGUCUUGGGAUGUUCCUGGGACAGCAUGUGUGAUCCUCAUAGGUGAGUUCAUUGGUAAAACUGGAAAUGUUAUAAGGCAAACAAACUCAUAACUGUUAUUUUGAGGCAUUUGCUAUUUUGUAUUAAAAAUACUAGUUAUAUUGGCUAUUAUCAGAAUUAUGGAGCUUGUUGAUAUCAUAAAUUAUUACUAUUUCUAUAGAUAGUGGUUUUGGUCUAUUGGUAAGAGUUGUGGUAAUUGCAGUCAGUAUGGCAAAGACCCACCAAGCAACUGACAACAAAUUCUGAAGGGGAGGUGUGGGAAGAGAGUAAUGUUGUAUGCAAAGGUAGAUACGUGUAGUUAGUGUAACAAAAGUUAUAUAUUAUUAUGCUGAUGGUCAUCACACAAGAUUCAUACCCUCAAUUCCUAACUAAGGUCCUAAGUCUCUUUCCCCAAGGCUGAUCACCUGUGCUAAGUAUGUUAGCUGAAGGUCAGGUUCAGUCUCUAACAGACAUCUGUUUUGAGGGUCAGAAUCCUUGGGGAGACUUUCUAGAUGCAGGGUAAGUCAAGGUGGUGUCUCUCAAGAUGUACAGAGCAGAACAUUACUCUUGAUUUCUGCUUAUAGACUGUCCAGUGGCUGUCAUGGAGACUGUCUGCUUGUCUUGAGUGAGUGAUGUCACUGGGUUCUGCUUGUCAGGUACAGCCUUGGGUGUAGUGGUGUUACUAAGCUAUUUUUACAUGUCUAAAAGACAUUUUUUUUUUUACUAUGCUCAGUACAAUUAGGCUUCUGAUUCAUGUAUAUGUUUGACCAUGAAUAACAAGUAAUACACCAGGAUGCCUUGGAGUUAAUAAUGUUACAGCUUUUCAUAGCACUGGAAAGGAUGGGACAAAUAAAUGUUUAACCUGUAUAAGUUAUUGGAAGCAAAGUGAUUAAAACAGGCAUCUCAGAAAACAUAACUGGUAUUAAAGAAGUGCCUCACUAGUCUCCCUUUCCAAUUCAAGGACAAGGAGCAACCUUGUUAUUAUUUCCACAUUGGGUUAAUGUAAGCAGAAUACUUCAUGUAAUCUAUUAUGGGGCUUUAGGUGGGUCCCACCAAAAAUUUCAUGGUCUAAUAAAUUAUGGUGUGGAAAUAAAUUUAUCCGUUUAGUCUUUCUUAAUAGUAUGGGUUCAUUUUUUCCUCAUCCAAGAGGACAUAUCAUACUUCCUUGUGAAAAUUAAUACUUAGUACCUAUGGUAUUGUCUGAAUGUAAUUGACCCCCAUAAGCUCAUAGGGAGUGGCACUAUUAGGAGGUUUGACUUUGUUACAGUAGAUAUGGCUUUAUUGGAAGAAGUGUGUCACUGCAGGGGUGGGAUUUGAGUUUUCAUAUAUGUUCAAGCCAUGUCCACUGUCCCAAACCACUUCCUGUUGCC